CAUCUUGGGAAGGGCGGCCCGCCGGGCGCCGCCAUGUUGGGGAGGUCAGGGAGGCGCCGCCAUCUUGGCGCGGUCACCGUUAGUGGGGCGUGGCCACCGGCGGAAAGAGGGCGUGGCUUCCGCCGCCAUGAGGCCGCGCGCGCUCCCGCCGCCGCCGCCCGGGGGGAUCCUGAGGCGGGGGGGAGGCGGGGGGGAACACCGGCAGGUGCGGUUCGCGCCCAGCCCCGCCGUGCCGGAGGAGGAUGAGGAUGAUGAGGAGGAGGAUGAAGAGGCCGGGGGGCCGCUCCUGGCCACGCCCACCCUGCACAGCACCCGCGGCGGUCCCGGCGGGGCCCCCCCGGUUCCGUUCGACGCCCCCCGAGCGGCGGCCGCGCUCCUGGGCAGCUCCUGGGCGGCGCGCUCGGCGCUGGGGGGGGCGGCGGCCGCCGCCAUGAACGUGCCGCCGGCCCAGCGCCUGUUCCGCGGGCUCGUCAGCCUGGCCGUGCCCCCCCCGGUACCGGGCCCGCGCAGGGGGGUCCCGCCCGCGCCCCCGCCGCAGGUGCCCGGGCCGAGCCUGGCCGUGCUGGCGGGGGGCGCCGCCGCCGCCGGGGGGGGGCCCUGCCUGCCGCCCCCCGCGCCCCCCGAGCCCCCCCGGGCCCGCCCGCGCCCCCCCGGAGCCGCCUUCGCCAUGUACCGGAAACGGCAGCAGUGGGGAGGGGGCUGAGCAGAGAGACCCCCCCCAAAACCCCCUUUCAUCCCCCCCAAAUCCCUUUUUCCACCCUCAAAUCCCCCUUUUUUCACCCCAAAACCCCCUUUUUUCACCCCAAAACCCCCUUUAUUCACCCCAAAUCUACCUUUUUUAUUACCAAAUCCCCUUCCCCCCCAAAUUCCCAUUUUUCUACCCCAAAAUCCACCUUUUCAUCCUCCAAAUCCUUUUUCCACCCCAAAUCCCUUUGCCCCCCCUAAAACCCCUUUUUCCACCCCCAAAUCCCCCUUUUUCCCCCCAAAACCCCUUUUAUCCCCUUCAAAUCCGAUUUUCUCCCCAAAUCCCCCUUUUCCUCAUUCCCCUUUUUCAUCCCCAAACCCCCUCUUUUCCCCCAAAUCCCCCUUUUUCCCCCCAAAAUAAUAAACCCGUUAUUCUGGACGGUGGCCCCGCCCCCCCAAGAACGACCCCUC